AGUCGACGUUACGGCGCAUAUAGGUGAUCCAGGUAAAUCGUGUAAAAAUUUGUAUUCGGAACUUCCUAAUCGCUGUUUAAAUUCACAUCGACGACCCAACUCGAGAGGUCAAGAAUGGAUUGGAACGGAUAUGACAUAUGAGUACCAUAAUGGCGGAUUACAGCGAACUACAGUGCGGUGGUUUGGCGAUGAAGGUUUUCUCCUCUUUGAGGUCCCUUCAUCGCAUUUUUGCACUCGUAAUACAUGAAUCGAGUGACAACGGUUAAUGGCUGAAUUAUCAACCGUAUCUGUUGAGAGUGAAUAAAGAUUAUCUUUAUACCCUUCUCACGCAUGGUGUUCUCAAGCACUACACAUGAUCGCGCAUUUUAACGCGCGAUGCAUGAAGUGUCGCUGUGAUUGCGAGCAGUACGAAAUCAGAUGUUUGAGAAAUGAUAUUGAAUUAAACAAAAGGAUAAUUAAAAAUUACAUCAAUGGAUUGGACCAGGAUAUCGUUGCUUCUGUGCGUUUUUGGAUUUUUGAAAGAAUUCAGACCCUCUGAACCAUUUGUCACUGAAUAUUUAACUGGACCCUGGAAGAAUUUCACCGAGCAACAGGCUUACCAGGAAAUAUAUCCAGUAGGUACAUAUUCGUACUUAACAACGCUGGUUGCAGUAUUUUUAUUGACAGAUUUUGUGAGGUACAAGCCCGUCAUCAUACUAUGUGGGCUUGCAGGAAGUUGUACAUUCAUCAUAAUGAUCUCAGCCCAAACUAUAUGGGGUAUGGAAAUUGUCCAAUUUUUUUAUGGUCUGUUCCAAGCAACAGAAGUCGCUUAUUAUACAUACAUCUAUGCAAAAGUUAGCAAAAUUCAUUAUCAAGAAGUCACAAGUCAUGUAAGAAUGGCAAUAUUAUUGGGACGGUUUACUGCAAGCGUUGCGUCACAGCUGAUAGUAUCUUUCAAUAUGCUUGAUUAUGGCCAGCUCAUAUAUCUCACAAUAACAGGUAUUGUUACUGCAACACUGUGGACAUGUUUUUUACCAUCAGUGGCUCAAUCUAUUUAUUUUCAUCCACCACAAGAUUCUCUACCAAGUGUCUCGUCCACACAUAGACAUAGAAUUUCAGCAAGUGAAUUAGAACUAGAGGACAAACAAAUAUCCAAUCCUCAUCAGGUCUUAGAAAAUAAAAAUCUUAAAGAAGUUCCUUACGAGACCCUCAGGGCUAAAUUUCGAAACGCCUAUCAUCUACUUUGGAGACAUUUUUUGUUAGCAUACUCAGACUUCCACGUACUCAAGUGGUCGAUAUGGUGGGCUUUUGCUACCUGUGGCUAUGUGCAAGUCAUCACCUAUGUACAAUUACUUUGGCAAAACUCAAUAGUGGAAGGAGGCAAGUAUUAUAAUGGAGCCGUUGAGGCAAGUCUGACUAUCCUAGGUGCAUUAGCAGCAUUUGGCAUCGGAAAGCUGAAACUAAACUGGCCAAUGGUUGGAGAGACAAUAUUAUCAUUUUUUGCAUUAAUGCAAGGAAGCUUGCUAGUUAUCGCAGCACAAACAUACAGCCUGUGGUUAUCUUACAUUGCAUAUAUCUUGUUUGGAGUCAUGUAUCAAGGGAUGAUCACGGUUGCAAGCUCUGAAGUUGCUAAGAAAUUAUCGGAGGAUAGCUAUGGAUUGAUAUUUGGGUUGAACACGUUCUUGGCCACUCUUCUGCAAAGUGCACUGACUUUUGUAGUGACCGGUGGCCAGGUUCUCAAUCUGACAAUCAGAUUACAGUACCUUGUUUAUGGAGGAUAUUUCCUCAUUUUGGGUGGAGCAUUCAUGCUGAUGGCAAUAAUUACCAUAGUGGAAAAUCAGAGAAUUGGUCAACGGUUUCAACUGUGGCAAGUAUGUGAGGAUAUUCGCCGUUCAUCGUAGUAGAAAUUAAACUGUAACAAAACAUAAUAUUAUACAGAUCUACAAAAUUUUAUCUGUUUGUACAUUGUUAUACAGUGUAGACACUGGCAACUUGCUGAGGUUCGCAUAACUCACUAAAAUUAGACUGAAUUUUUUUUGUGGAAAUGUAAAUAGGUAGAUUUAUAUUUAUUGUUACUUGAUCUGUCCUGGGCAAUCUAUUUCAUAGUUAACGCAUAACUUCAUUUUCAAAUAAUAAUACUUUCGAUAUAGGUCUGAAGAAAAUAACAGGUAUUAAUUUCAGUAUCAGGAGAAGUUUUCAUCAUUUUUAUUAUUAAUGUAUUGAUGAGAUGUUCUUAUUGUUAGUCAUGCCUUGUAUGUACAUACGUGAGACUAGUGAUGAAUAUUUGAUAGGUAUGUACAGUGCGUAGUUUGUAAAAGAAAAUUAAUAAUUUUUCUAUCGAGGUUACUGGUUUGUUUAUAAACAUUUUAGAGUCUAUCUAGUUAUUGUGAAAAAUGUUUCCAAUUGAAAUAAUACUAUUAGUUAUAGUGUCGAAUUUUCUGCAUUUUUGAUUAUCCCAACUGCCCCAAAUAUACCAACGAAGAAACUUCCAACGAUACCUUAGAAAAAUCAUCCUGUUUCUAUGCAAUGGCUCUAGUUUGUGCCUAAUGAGACGAAGUGUCUACGAAGUGGCUCGCCGUGUGGACUGCUGUGAUAUAAACCGUAAAAUCAAUACAAAGAAUCAUUCGAAAAGCGGGAUGAUUAGCAGUUAGCGAUUAAUUUAUGAGAAUAAGAGAAAAAGCAAAUAGAUGAAGAGGAUGCGAAAAGAAUUGUCCAGAUGACCCAAGGUUGGAAAGAAAAGUGUGCGCGCACCGCAUUAUAGAUGAGAAAAAGCGUGGGGAUGUACAGCGGUCCUGGCGGUCUGAACAUUUUAAGGGGGAAAUCCUGAUUUGGAAGAUCCAGAAAAAAUCAUUUCUUCUUUGUUUAUUGCCUAAGUGGAUGGAUAAACUAUCCAGGAAUAUAUUCACAAAAUCCUAUCGACUCGAAUCAAAGUUCGUUUUCGUCAGUAUUGAAUUCUCCUUCAUGUAAACUAAUAAAAUUGUUAAAAAAUUUUUGUAGAUAACUUCUACGGCACGGUAAAUUGAUUAUUUUGUAUUAAAAAUACACAUUUUCCUUUUCAAAUCUGAAAAA